UUAAAAGUUGUGGAGCAAUGAAGGUUUAUCAGAGCGUCCUGCUAUUCUUCUGCUGCCAGUUCCUUCACACUCGAGCCUUAAAGUGUAUCGUGGUGAACGGUAACCUGAAGCAGAUAGACUCUGGGUCUGGCUCCGUGGUUGGCGUGAACAAGAAUAAUGAGAUAUUCGUCCUGAUUGAUAACGUCUUCACAAAGAUCAGUGGGUCUCUAAAGCACUUCAGUGUUGGUCCUGCUGGUCAGCUUGGGGUUAAUACAGCAGACAGCCUCUUUAAGUUUCAGAGUGGCGGUUUUGUUCAGCUUGAAGGGUUUCUCAAGCAGGUGGAUGCUGGAGGUGAUCAGAUCAUUGCAGGUGUCAAUAUGUAUGAUGACAUAUUCUGUUUAAAUAGGGAUGCUAACAACAAAUGGCCAUCCAGUAACAUUCCUUGGGUUCAAAUUGGUGGAAAGCUGAAGUACUACAGCUGUGGUCCAUACAGCUGUUGGGGAGUGAACAGCAAUGACCAAAUCUUCAUCCUGAAGGAUGUGUCGUCUAGUGUCUGUUCAGGGUCCGGCAGCUUUGUGAAUAUUCCUGGACUUCUGUCCAUGAUUGAAGUAGCAACUGAUGGCAGUGUCUAUGGCGUGAACUCUCAAGGGAGCUUAUUCAAACGAGCUGGUGUCACUCGCUCCAACCCCUCUGGCACAGACUGGAUCUCAGUGGUUGCCUGUCCCAAUGGUCACCAGCAUGUGAGCUUUGAACUGGGAGUGCUGUGGGUCGUGUGUGUUGAUGGCUCCAUCCGUAAAUGCACGUCAGAGUCAUACUCACAUUAUAUUGUACAGCUCCCAGAUUAG